UUAAUGAUGAAGUAAUUAAUUAAGUUUAUAAAUGGUUGAUGAUCGCGCUCGGUAACAAAUUGUUUUCAUUUAGCGGGAAUUAUGUAAGAAUUAUCUUCAAAAUUUCGAUUAUUAUAAAUAGAAAUGGCGAACUUCACUGAUUUAAUAAAAUAAAAAUAGUCGAUUCAUCUAUGUCAAGUGGAGUCGUUUCGUAAACAAGUAGAAAUAUUGCCAUUCCGCCCAAUAUCACCUUACACGACGCAAGAAAACUGUGACUGGAAGACGCAAUGAUUGACCCGUCCGAACUCGACGAUAUUUUGGAAAGGGCUAACUUUAGCUGCGGGUCCAGUGGGAGUAAGUUGUCCAAUGGGAAAUUUUGUCAAUUGGUGUUUGAUGGGAUUAUGUGCUGGCGGGAGACUCCCGCCGGGGUUUUGGCCAAACAAUCAUGUUCCAACGAGUUUAUCAAAUCCAUCAAAAAAGGUUUGGCCACGAAACAAUGCGACGAAAAUGGGGAUUGGCUGACAAUUAACUCGUCACCUUGGACAAAUUACAGCCAAUGCGGCGGAUUUUACAUUGAAAAAAUCAUAGGGAACGAGACUUCAACUAAUCACACUAUAUAUGACACUUGGAUACCUAUAAUCGAGUAUGUUACCCAAGUGGGGUACGUUUUAUCCACUGUGUCCCUUCUCAUCGCUUUAUUUAUUUUCAUACGUAUCAAGAGGCUUCAUUGUGCCAGAAAUAAGCUCCACAUGCACUUUUUCGGCUCCUUUGUAAUGCGGGCUUUCAUGUCUUUAAUCAAAAUUGGACUAUUCGUUAAAGGAACGGCGCUACCGCAUGAGACGAUUUAUGUGGAUGGAGAACCGGUCUUUAAUAAAACAAAUUACUCAUGGGUGUGCAAAGCCAUCGUGAGCCUCUGGCACUACUUCAUCAUAUCCAACUACACCUUCCUCCUGAUGGAGGGUGCCUACUUGCACAACUUAUUGUUUUUGAAGCUUCUAUCAGAAAACGGGGUGGCGAUUUACUACUGCGUCGGUUGGGGCUUUCCCUUGUUUUUUAUCCUCCCUUGGAUAAUCCUGAAGGCCUUGAACGAAAACAAGUACUGCUGGACAACCCAAUCCAGUAAAUACAUCGCGCUCCUGAUUGACGUUCCCAUAGGACUCACCGUCCUCAUCAACUUCAUUCUGUUUGUACUCAUCAUCCGGAUUUUGUUUGUUAAGCUGACGUCUAUGUACAUGCAGAGGUGGACUCAGUAUCAGAAGCUCGUCCGCGCUAUUUUAAUCCUGGUCCCGCUAUUCGGGAUCCCUUACGCAGUUUCCUUUGUGCUGUCGUUUUAUGUGACGCAAAACCGAACGUUCGAGAUUUUGUGGAUAUUUUUCGACCAGAGUUUUACCGCGUUUCAAGGGCUUUUUGCCAGCUUGGUGUACUGUCUGAUGAACAGCGACGUCCAAGUGGAGGUGGUGCGGAAAUACCGGUUGUUUAAAGAUAGAAACAAUAGGGAGUUCAAGCGGAGGAGUCGCACCAUUUCGCACACCACCCAGAUCGCUCUCGCCGAAGAACUGCAAGAGCUGCCGCAGGGGUUCGGAGACGAGGUCAUUAACAAGACGAGCGACUAUUUUUAAGUUUAUUUAUUGUAGCUUAGGUCCACACAGUAAACUUAAGUAUUUAUUUUCCUCUGAACUAUUACAUAAUCACAGGACAUUAUAUAAAUAUAUAGAAAAUCGCUGAUGGAAAAUCAUAUCAUGCAAUUUAUCCCAAGUAACAAUACUAGUACGGGCUAUUCCUUGGUCUGGUAUUGUAUUUAUAAAUCCAACUAGCUCGCUCAGUAAAAUGAAUUAUGGUCAAAAAUUUUAUUCAAAAACGUAACAACUACAACUAGACUUUCAUAAAAAGUACAAAUUUCCUAAUCAAAAA